AUAAGAGGGUGGAACUGACAGAGGGGGCGAGGUUGUCAGAGAAAGGGAAAUGAAGGAGUAAGCAAGACUGUGCCUGCAACACAGAUUGACUCUCUCAGAAUACAGCUGACAUUAAAAGAAGACAGACAUGGUUGGAGACAAACUGGAGGAGAGAACAAGGAGCGAGUGAGGAAAACAACAAGCCAUCAGCAGCCAACCUUGGCCACCUUAUCUUUUCCAUCUAUAUACGGAAACACUGGAUAAUUUAUAAACCUCUCCCUCUCGCUCAUUGUGAGUGUGUGUGUGCGAGAGAGAGGGGGGAUUUGCUGAGCUCACCACCACCAUGCUGUGUCCUGCUGCUGUCAGUGCAGCUGCUGCGGCUGUCUGGCUGCUGGCAGUGCUGGGCCCAGGCCUGUCUCUUCCAGCUGAGGACAACUCAAAACCAGGCUUCAGCCUCUGCAGCUACUGCUUCUACAGACAGACACCUCCUCAGGGAGACUCUGCAGGGCCACUGCUGCGCCCACUCUGCCACAGACUGCCUGGGGGACAGGCGUUUGCCACUCUGUCCAAACCGACCUGUGACACAGCUGUCUACUCUGCCUUCCAUGUCAGCCAUGGAUGGACAGAGAGAGAGGAGGGGGGAGAGCUUGUGGCAGAGGAAGAAGAAGACAUCAAAGGAGCAGUACCAGCCCUUCUCAGAGGAAGCGGGGGUCCAUCUAAUCCUGUUUCCCCUCUUCAACACUGGGACUCAACAGUCACAACCUGGGUCCAGUCGACCAUCAUGCCCCAGUGCAGCUCGUUAGGGGGUGAACUCUAUAUCUUGACCGGGGUGGGAAGUCUCGGGGCUGCUGAGGAUGGAGGCGAGGAGUGUCAAACGAAGCCGCUGUGGUCUGCCAUGUGCUGUGCUGUCCCUGAGGGACAGAGUGGCUUCAGUGUGGGGUUAAUCAGAGAGGCAGGGGAAGGGGAGAGGCAAGUGAGUGUGAAGGAGCUGGAGGAGAUCCUAGGAGUGGCAGAGCUGUUCUCAGAAGGCUGUGGAGGAGCAGAUGGGGAGACUGUUGGAAUCACAGCAGGUCUUCACAAUGAUGGGCUCCCUGGAAAUAUAGAAGAGCUGGAUGCAGAUCUUACUGGUGAAAACACAGCAGCUAAUGAGGCAGAUUCAGAUACCACCAGCCAAGAUUCAAAUGAAGACAUUAAGGAAAGCGAGGCACUGGUCACUGGAGAACAGGUGGCUGGUGUUGAUGCUCAGCCAGAGGAAGCUGAUGAUGCUGACAUCACACAAGAAACUUCAGCGGACGCAGCGACUUCAAAGGGUAGCCGUGAAGAGCAGCAUGAUGUAACACAUUCAAGAUCUGCCGGAUCAGAGCCUCCUGAGGCCUCAGCUGAAUAUGAAACUGUGGAUGAACAAGAGACAGACACAAAUUCCACCAGUACUCUGGUCUACAUCCUUUCCACCACCAUGUCCAUCCUUAAAGCUCCACUGCAGCCUGUGUUCUCCACAAUCACACAGUUACCUGGACAGGUGAUACAAGUGACUGAACCAUUUAGACAUUGUUACGUAAAGGUGACAUACGUUCUUCAGGAAGACCUUGGAGUUCUGUCUGCCCUGCCUGGAGAUACCUUCUCCCUGGUCCAUCUCUUGACCUCUGACCUCUUGUCCUGGAUGGGCUCAGCUGCAGAACUGCUACUGGGUAUUGGGGAAACCUGCUUCUUUGGCAUCUACUUCUGCACCUCCUCCAUGCUGGAGGCCCUGCUGAACAGCUGCUACACUGGGUUCACUGGCAUUGGGACCCUGGCUGGGGACACAGUGGGGAUAUUUGGUGACGCGUUGGAUAAUGGUUGGUGGGUGACGAAGUUCUUUGGAGGGCGGCUGUGGGAGCAGAGCGAGGGGUAUGUAGGAACAGUGAUGUCAGAAAUGGGGGGUCAGGCGAAAGCUGUGGGUGGUGGGUUUGGGAAGCUGGUGUGGAGAAGUGGAAAUGGGGUAGGUAAUGUGUUUAGGCUGGGAGGAGGAAUAAUAAUGGGUGUGGUGGAUAUGGUCAUUGGUGCAGUGAGAGGGGCUUUUGGCCAGGAGUCAGAGUAAAAAGUGGAGGAAAAGUCCCGACUCUACAUUACGCCAUUAGUAACAAACCUUUUGAAAUGUUUUCUCCAGUUUUGGUUUGUAAAUUUCUUAAGCACAUAACAGUGUAAAAAAAGGGGGAAACUAUUUCAAUUUAAUAUGCCUUAGUUGUUAUAAAAGGAUUGUAAUUCACACUUACACUGUAGGUCUUACACUUCACUGUGGCUGGCUGUGCAAAUAAUCUGCUGUAUGUGAGAGCUGCUGACCCAACUGUGAUUUUGAAAACACUGUGCACAAGGCUUUUGGAUGUAAUUAUUUGAAAUAAUUCUUGUAUGAUAAUUGUUAUGUUUGCUUACAUGUACAUUUGAAUAAAAAGAUAAUGCUGGCUUAUUCAA